GAGCGUUCAGCCGGUCAGAGUGUGGCGUAGUGUGUCAACCCAUAUGCCCAGUGUUUUCUGUACGGAAUACAAUAACUGAUUUAACAUUACGAUCUGGAAACUACGAACUCUCUCUCACACCCGAGGACGUCAUUUCAUUGAACAGGCGUGUCCCGAAUCGGCGAUUCUCCAGUGGCUAGCCCCCCGGCGGAAGAUGGGGUGAUCGCCUCCUGUUCUCUCUCAAACCUUGCAUACCUUUCUCAACCGUCUCCAUGUCUGAAGACUCGGACUCCAAGCCGUACCUGUUCUCCGGCCUGGAGGGCCAGGACGGGGCGGCGGCCGCCUGCGGCUCCAUGUCCCAGCUGCACCGCAUGGGCGGCUUCGGCGAGGGCCGCGACCUGGGCCUGGCCUCGGAGGGCAGCGACAGCAGCAGCCAGGACCCCGGCGCCUCGCCGCACAGCGACCGGAAGCGGGCCCGCUCGCUGCACGAGGAGGACGUGGAGAUGAAGAGCAGCGGCUCCAGCGGCAGCGGCACCGAGUCGCACGGCAACGAGUCGCACGGCAACGACUCCCACGGCAACGAGUCGCACGGCAACGAGUCGACGGGCAGCUCCAACGGCAACAGCAAGGACUCCGCCCUGCUGGAGUCGUCUGGGAGCAACAAGAGCUCGAACUCCCACAGUCCGUCCCCGCCCAGCAGCUCCAACGCCUUCAGCCUCCUCUCCGCCAGCUCCGAGCACGACAACCCCUCCACCAGCGGCUGCAGCAGUGAAGAAUCUGCCAAGGCCAAAACGCAGAAAGAGCUGAUCAAGACUCUGAAGGAGCUGAAACUCCACCUGCCAGCAGAGAAGAGGCACAAAGGGAGCAAGUCCAGCACCCUCAACACCCUCAAGUACGCCCUACGCUGCGUCAAGCAGGUGGAAGCCAAUGAGGAGUACUACCAGCUGCUGAUGAUAAAUGACAGUCAGCCAUCAGGCCUGGAUGUGUCCUCCUACACCAUAGAGGAGAUCGAUGGCAUCACCUCCGAAUAUACCCUAAAAAACACGGAUAUCUUUGCGGUAGCAGUGUCCCUGAUCACGGGCAAGAUCGUGUACAUCUCGGACCAGGCGGCCUCCAUCCUGAACUGCAAACGGGACGUCUUCAAGAACGCCAAAUUCGUGGAGUUCCUGACCCCGCAGGAUGUCAGUGUCUUCUACAGCUUCACCACGCCCUACCGCCUGCCCUCCUGGAGCAUGUGCACCGGUGCAGAGUCCUCUCCGUCAGAUUGCAUGCAGGAGAAGUCCUUCUUCUGCCGUAUCAGCGGGGGCAGGGAGCGGGAGGGGGACCUGCAGUACUACCCCUUCCGCAUGACGCCCUACCUGAUGAAGGUGCAGGACACGGAGCACGCCGAAGACCAGUUCUGCUGCCUCCUGCUGGCCGAGAGGGUGCACUCCGGAUACGAAGCUCCCAGAAUCCCCACAGAUAAGCGGAUCUUCACCACCACGCACACACCAGGCUGCGUGUUCCAGGAUGUAGAUGAGAGGGCUGUUCCUUUGCUGGGCUUCCUGCCCCAGGAUCUGAUCGGUACCCCGGUCCUGCUCCAUCUGCACCCCAACGAUCGGCCGAUCAUGCUGGCUAUCCACAGGAAGAUCCUGCAGUACGCGGGCCAGCCCUUCGACCACUCGUCCAUCCGCUUCUGCGCCCGCAACGGCGAGUACGUCACCAUCGACACCAGCUGGUCCAGCUUCGUCAACCCCUGGAGCCGCAAGGUGUCCUUCGUCAUCGGCAGGCACAAAGUCCGCAUGGGUCCUGUGAACGAAGAUGUGUUUGCAGCCCCUCCCUUCACAGAGGGGAAGACCAUGGACUCCGACAUCCAGGAGAUCACAGAGCAGAUCCACAGACUACUGCUGCAGCCGGUGCACAAUAACGGGUCCAGCGGCUACGGCAGCCUGGGCAGCAACGAGCACCUCCUGAGUGUGGCCUCGUCCAGCGACAGCAACGGGGGGCGGGCGCGGCAGGAGGAGGAGGAGUCUCACAAGGCCAAGCCGCGCACCUUCCAGGAGAUAUGCAAAGGUGUCCACAUGCAGAAGAGCCAGGACCAGCAAGGGCUCAUGGGAUUUGCUGGCAAACCGGAGCCCAAGAGGGGCUUUGGCACAGAGUUCCAGCAGAAGAGCCCUGUGGUGCGGCCCAAGGACUCGGCCGCGCCCCUGAUGGGGAAGGAGAACGUGGCCUGCAUGGAGGACAGGGCGGCCGUGCACGAGGAGCUGGCCUACAAGGACCAGACCGUGUACUCCUACCAGCAGAUCAGCUGCCUGGACAGCGUCAUCAGGUACCUAGAGAGCUGCAGCAUUCCAAUCACGGUGAAGAGGAAGUGCGAGUCGUCCUCCAACACCACCUCCUCCAACUCUGACGAGGACAAGCAGAAAGCCCCAGACAACGCCAUGCAGGUGUCCGAAGCAGAACCUGAGCUCUUAGAGGCCGAGCCCAGGGGCCUCCCUUCUAUGAAGGCGCACAAAAAGCCGUCCCCCGCGGCGGUGGGCUCCUCCCUCGCACCCCUGGCCCUGCCCAGCAAGGCGGAGAGCGUGGUCUCCAUCACCAGCCAGUGUAGCUACAGUAGCACCAUCGUUCAUGUGGGAGACAAGAAACCCCAGCCGGAAUCGGAAAUCAUCGAGGAUGUGGCUGGAACAGGAGAAGCAGGGGAAGGUGCUGGUCCAGCCCCGCCCCCGAGCGCCGUGUCUCCGCCCACCCAGGAGAGGGAGGCCUAUAAGAAGCUGGGCCUCACCAAGCAGGUGCUGGCUGCGCACACGCAGAAGGAGGAGCAGGCCUUCCUGUGCCGCUUCCGGGAGCUGCGCGGCGUCAGAGCCUUCCAGGCAGACUGCUCCCACUACCUGGACCGACACCGCGGCCAGCCUCCCACAGAGGCAGCGGCUGCCACUCGAGGGCGCAAACAAGGUGGCGGGGCGGAGCCCGCGAGCAGGCGCGGCGGACGCAACAAGAAGACCAAGUCCAAGCGCAUGAAGCAGCAGGAGUCGUCCGACAGCACGGUGUCCCACAGGAAGCAGCCCCUGCGACCGCCGCUGCAGAGCCUAAACCAGACGUCCUGGUCGCCCUCGGACACCUCCCAGUCCACGCUCCCCAUUCCCUACCCCACCGUCAUGUCCGCCUACCCCCUGCAGGUGUACCCCGGGACAGGCCCGGUUGCGCCCAGGGUGGACCCCUCUCUGUCGGGUUUCGGGGACAGCCAGUGCAGCCAGGACCCCCGCCUGACCAUGCAGCCCUCGCCCUACUCCACGCCGCUGGUCACGCCCAUGGUGGCCCUUGUGCUGCCCAAUUACAUGUUCCCCCAGAUGGGGAGCACCCCACGCCAGCCCUUCUACCCAGAGCAGACAAACUUUCCUCCCCAGCCCACGUUCCCCACGCAGACGCCGUUCACAGCCACGCCCACGUUCCCCACGCAGACGCCGUUCACGGCCACGCCCACGUUCCCCUCGCAGACUCCCUUCACGGCCACGCCCACGUUCCAGGCCCAGGCCCCCUUCCCGGCCCCGCCCUCGUUCCCGGUGCAGACGCAGUUCGGCGCGCAGAACCCUUUCCCCCCGCAGCCCCCGUUCCCGGCCCAGCCGUUCCCCUACAGCCUGCCCGCCGAGCCCCCAAAGAGCACCGCCCCCGAGCCCCAGGAGGCCGCGUCCCGCUCCUCCACGCCGCAGUCGCUGGGCGCCCGCGACCAGGCCUCGCCGCCGCUCUUCCAGUCCCGCUGCAGCUCGCCCCUGCAGCUCAACCUGCUGCAGCUGGAGGAGACGCCCCGCUCCGUGGAGAAGCAGGACACUUCGGCGCCCCCUGCUGCCGGCCCGGUGGAGAAGGGGAGCACAGCCAGCCCUGCCAAACCUGACAAAGAGCUCCAGCAGGCGAGCUCCCAGGGUGACGGUCAGCAGAGUGACGCAAACUCCACCCUCAGCGACCUGCUGGAGAUCCUGCUCCAGGAGGACUCCCGCUCCGGGACGGGCUCCGCCACCUCCGGCUCACUGGGCUCCGGCUCCAACGUCUGCGGCACCUCGGCCAGCGGAGCCUCGGGCAGCGGCACGGGGAGCAGCCACCUGAGCAACAACAGCAGCAAGUACUUCGGCAGCAUCGACUCGUCCCAGAAUAGCCACAAGGCCGGGGUGCGCGGGGGCGGGGCCGGGGCCGGGGGCGGAGCCGUGGAGCUGGAGGAGCGGCAGCGCUUCAUCAAGUACGUACUGCAGGACCCGCUCUGGCUGCUCAUGGCCAACGCCGAUGAGUCCGUCAUGAUGACCUACCAGCUCCCCUCGCGGGAGGUACAGAAGGUGCUUAGGGAGGACCGGGAGAAGCUGCAGCAGAUGCAGAAGAAACAGCCACGCUUCACCGAGGAGCAGAAGAAGGAGCUGGUGGAGGUGCACCCCUGGAUGAGGAGAGGCGGCCUGCCGCAAGCCAUCGACGUGAAGGCUUGUGGGUGCUGUGAGGAAGUCUCCCCAGCCCUGAUUGAGGAGGAGCCGCCGGACCUGGAGAUGGGGGAGACUAUCGAAGACGGACAUUCCCAGAAGGGCGGAGAGGAGCCCCAGCCGGCCAACCCCUGCCCUGGCCCACCUCCCAACCUUUGAACCAACACUGCCCCCACCAGGCCAAGACGCUCAAGCGCAGCCUGGCACCCUCGACCUCCCUUAAGCGCGCCUACUGCGCGACGCAGCCGGAGGGGGCCUGAUCACAGUUGUGCGCACAGACUCUCAGCACCUACGCACACCUGUGGUCCAGCCUUACGCUUCACUCCCCAGGGACGCGAACUUAAACCCCGCGACCGGGUGUGCCCGCGCUCGGUGUGAGUGGACAAAGCUGGUACACUGCCUGCGCAGAGACUGUUGGAGUUUCUGAGGGUGUCUGACACACACUGACAGUGAUAUGCUACACUGUGUCACGCAGCUACAGCACCCUGUGCAUAAUGCAGUUGCUCGAGCCAAGGCCGUGUUUGCCACGCCAAGAUCCUGCCUCAGAGCCAAACGGAAAAUGACCCAAGAUGACCUGCGGCAGAAGGGCUCACUGUCUAAGCCAGUUGCUGACCAGAAUCCU